GAUUCUGUAUGUUUAAAAAGUUUCUUUCACUUUAUAAAGGAUUGUUGGAGGUUUGAGGAGGAAAUCAUUUGAACAGGUGCUUUUAUCUCGUUAAAAUGUUGAUUCGACUUGCUUUUUUCAUUGUUUGCAAUAUUUUAUUUGUGAAUGGAGCAAACAUACUGUUUCUGGCCACAUUAUCAUCACCAAGUCAUCAUUUUUGGAUUGGAGCAAUAACCAGUGAAUUGGUCGGACAUGGACAUAAUAUUACUGUGAUUUCACCAGAUAUUGAAAAAAAUCCACCGCCUGGAAUACACUACAUUUUAAUCGAAAAUCAGUAUAGCGAUGAUAGCAGGCAAUUUAUAAAAGAUAUGCUUUCGGCGCCAGGCCCAACUAAUUUAAUUGAUGAUGCUUUGACUAUGCUUAAAGUUUGCACCGGCAUUUGUGAAGCACAAGUCCAAACAAAUGGUUUUAAAACAUUGCUCAACUAUCCGGACAAUUUCAAAUUCGACCUAAUUAUUCAUGAUUACACCUGCGGUCCAUGUCAUUUACCAUUUGCCCAUAAAUUCAAAAAUCCACCACUGUUGGGUGUCACCGGAUACAGCAAUCCAUCUUUUAUGCCAAUGAUGAUGGGGGGACACCAAUAUACUGCAUAUAUUCCACACAAUGCACUUUUGUCGGAUGAAAAUAUGAACUUUUUGGAAAGAGUCAAGAAUUUUCUAAUUUAUGGCCUGGAAAAUAUAUAUCGACAGCAAUUUUUUAUUCCGGCAAUUGACACUUAUGCCCAAAAAGGUUUUGGCACCAAUAUUCCAUCAGUCAGUGAAUUGGAGAAAAGAACGGCACUUGCAUUUGUUAAUACAAAUCCGGCCUUGGAUUAUCCAGCACCACUUUCAGAAAAUAUAAUUCCAGUCGCUGGCCUACAUAUCAAAGAUCCAAAACCGAUACCAAAUGAUUUGAAAGCAUUCGUUGAUUCGUCAAAUAAAGGGAUAGUUAUAUUCUCACUCGGAACUAACUUCCGAAGUGAGUUUCUGCCGGAAGCGAAACAAAAACUUUUCUUGGAAGUUUUUCGAGAAUUUCCGGAUUAUCAUUUUCUGUGGAAAUUUGAGAGCAAUCUUCCUGCAUCAGAUUUACCGAAAAAUGUUUUAAUUCGGCCGUGGUUGCCCAUCUCAAAUAUUUUGGCUGAUUCUAAAACAAAAGCGAUUUUCUUUCAUGGCGGUUUGUUAACAACCCAAGAAGCCCUUUGGCGAGGCGUUCCAAUGAUUAUAAUGCCACUGGGAUUCGAUCAGAAACAAAAUUUGGUGAAAACAAAACGACAAGGGAUAUCUGAAGGUGUUGAUUAUUAUUCACUUUCAAAAGCUGAAUUAAAAAAGACUCUUCAUAAAGUACUUGAAGAUCCAUCAUAUUCGAUAAACGCUUUGAAAUGGUCGGCCAAAUUCAGAGAUCAAAAAGAGAAACCGUUAGAUCGAGCUGUCUGGUGGAUCGAAUGGUUACUUCGGAAUCCAGAUUGCGAUCACUUGAAAUCGCCUGUUCUUCAACUUGGAUUUAUCGUCGGAAAUUCAUACGAUGUUAUCGCUUUCAUAUUUAUGAUUUUUAUAGCAAUAGUCACUAUUUUAAUCACAUUGUUAUGCAUUUGUGCUAGCAAAGUUAUGAGAAAACAACAUUCUCACAAUAAUUGUCCUGAAAAAAAACACAAAUAACGAAAAAACGUAAUGUAAUCGAUAUUAAAUUUUCUUAUCACUUUAUAGCAGACAAAAUAUUGAGCUGAAUAUUCAUUUGAAAUGAAACGAAAUAGAACGUACCAACGUAAGUGUUUUAUAUUCACAACAAUCACCUCUAUUGUUUUAUCAAAAAUAGCGUGCUAUUUCGUUUCAUUUCAAAUGAAUAUUCAGCUCAAUAUAUUGUCUGCUUUAUAGCUUGAUAAGAUAAUGUGUUUCUGAUUUUUUUCUCAUAUGUACAGAACGUACUGUAAUUGUAAACGAGUGAAAUAUUUACGCUCAAUGCGUUAGUUGAAUUUUAAAUUCGACAGAAAAUAUUUUGUAUUUACAGAAAUAAAUCAAUGUUCAAAAUGAA